AUGGUUCCAAACGGAGGUUUGGAUCCACUCAACAUGCGGCUGCUAAAAUUUCUAGCAGAAAAAACGGAGCACGCGACGACACCGCAGGCGAUCGAACCAUUGUUUAAACUUUUCGCCGAAGCGGAAAAACAGAAGAAGUCGACACGGUUCUAUCGAGGCCGAUACCAUGACCACUUGAGCCACAGGAUUCAUCAAAUCGAUGAGUUGGAUCUGGACGUAAAAGUGAAGUUGCUGUUUGCGUUCAGUUUGCGUGUCGAUGCGUAUUUCGUACAGGAACUGAAGAAGAAUGCGGUUGUGCUGUUGGAUGAACGGGGACGAAUCACAUAUUACAAAAAUACAAGUGGAGGACUCGAAUUAGCCAGAGAUCCGCCAAAAGGCGUGACAAAAGCUGAGCGGGAUAGGAAGAUUAUGAAGUUCAUCGUCGAAAAGGCCGAAAAGUCUACGACUCCUCUCGGCGCCGAUGCAUUGGCCAAGGAAUCGAUCGGAAAAGAGAUAUGGUCGUCGUUGGAAUACGACAAACCGAAACGCAUCAAGCUGAUGUUCGUGACCGGAGCCAGUUUCGAUGAGGAGGCUGUUGACGAACUCCGCAACGAUGCCAAGGCCAAUUUCGACAAUCAACGAAGACUCACAAAAUAUUCGGCAAACGAUGGCACUCUGGAAUUGGAGGGAAUGCUGAGUCCAGAGAAUGAAAGGAAAAAGCCGCCUGCUCCUAGAAAACCAAGACGGAAUUUCAAGAGGCCGAAUUCAGAAGAUAGCGAGCCAGAAUCGCCUGUAAAGCGAACAAGAAAAUCAGCUCCAUCAAACAGACGAUAUCUGAAAUCUACGAGCGAGUUGUUGGACGAAGAGCCACGUGGAUCAGGUAAUGGAUCAACGCCGCCGUCAUCUCAAACAUCUUUCCAUGUUGAUUCGCAGAAAAUCAAUGCGAAGGAAUUUUUGAAUUUCCUACAAAGCCUCGUGAGCCUCGUGAACUCUCCGCUCCUUGCGAAGUAUGAGAAACAGUUCGAGAAAUCGAUAGAAAUCGAUAAAGGAGAGAAGUGGAUUCCUGCUACCACCGUUCAAACUACACUCGACUUUUCGCUAUUGUUCGUCGAAUGGAAUACUGGGACUGACGAUGAACGUGGAUCUGGUGACGAGACGACCAGCAGCUCGACAAGUCUCAAGCGGUUCCUUUCGGUUCUAAGGAGUUCGCUGCUCUCAUUGCCCAAUGUAUCGUUAAAACAUGUACAUGACAAGCUGAAGAAGGAUAUUAAACAGCUGGAGGAGCACGAUAAGAUCAUUUCCAUUCAGACUAUUAGUAUCGUUUUGGAUAAUUAUUAUAUGAUGGUAUCAAAAAGUUAA